GCUGCCUCGACGGACGGACGUGUAUAACACAAGGGUGCCUUAUUCCCCGUGUUUAUUUCCGACUUGCGAAAGUUACGAACUCGGGUGUUUUCCGCGUGUGUCCAAUUAAAAAGAGUGUUUUUUGUGAGUGUUAUAGGGUUUAAAAAUAGACGUCACAGUGCGAAAAGUCAAAGUUUUUGAAGUUCGUUUUCGUAAGAUACCGAAAUACACGAAGACAAUGUGUUAAGUGCUAAGUGAUAAAAAAAAACAAAAUGGCGUCAAUAAGUGACAAAACAAAACUAACAAUACUAGUUUUAGUGAAUAUUUUCAUAAAGAACAAUUGCCAAAGUGAUUUAAAUCAAAGUGCCAGUGACAAUGAAAAACCGAACGGACUUUUAUUAAGAGACGAUGUAAAAGACGCCAUAGAUUAUGAUGAGUACGCAAUCAACAGUAAUCCUGAAUCUAUAAUGAAAGAACCGGAGAGAACACUGGCAAGAGCAGAGACAAAUGAAGACGAAGUUUCACAAGUCAAUUCAAAAGAGACCAUAGACAAGACAACUCUACCAACAGAUAAUGUAUUAACUACAGUUAUAUGUGAUGAAAUACCAGAAGCAGACAAAAUUGUGGAGAAGCCUGAUGCAGAAUACGAAAAUAACAGAGAGGUUUUGGAAGACAACGAUGGCAGAGUCAAAACCACGUCUCAAGACGUAACAGAGACAGUUACUGGUUACACUGUGUCUAUGUUGGACACAAAUGUUUACAAUAGAGACAGUGUGGAAGAUCAAAAUGAGAGCAGAGUUAACGUGCAGUCGGAGACACCUUCGCUCAUGGCUACGACAAGGUCGAUGGACAGUAUAGAGGAGACAUCAAAGGCUGUGCUCGAAGACUACGAGAAUUUGGGCCAGAGGAACCCGAAGACAGAAACUGUCAAGCAACCGAUGGACUUGCGUAAAUUGGACAAACCCCGCCCAUUACCGGCGCUAAGCAAGAGCUCGACCCUCAGAUCCUGGCUGGAGGACUCCUGGCUGCGACCACCAGCCGGCAUCCUGGUGCCCUUGAGACCCCUGGCCCUGAGCAGGGCUCUGGGGGUGUGGAACGAUCUGGCGGAGGAAGGGUUGAACGUAACCGAUAUAGUCGUCGUGGGAUACGAUUCCAAUGGUGUAAACUGGCGCUCCCGGCAUAACCUCCAGCCGUCAGCCAAUGGGAACAGCGAUCGAGCGGUCGCUGAUGCCUUGGCCAAGUUACUGCUGAAGUACCAAGGCGUCUAUACAGACGCCACCAAUGAUGGAACCAUGCGUGCCCUGGCAUCAGCGGCUAAACUGGUGCCUUACGACAGCGCACUCUUCGUGGUCACGGAUAAGGGAGCUGGUGAUUCCCAAAGGCUGCCUCUGGCUUUGCGGGCUUUAGUGGAGAAGAGACUGAAGGUGUACACGAUAUGGACCGACCCGAGCCACCCAUCUUUGGAGUCGGAAAUCGCCCUACAGGAUCUGAGGAACGUCUCGUCCCACACCGAGGGCGAGGUCCUGCCAUACUCUCUGCAGAUUCCUGAUUCAGACGGCGCCAGCAACAUGGCGUCGGAAACUGAGUUGCAGGAAUGGGAGCCAAUGGUGACCCCACAGCCUCGACGGGCGAGGAUCAGCAACCAUCCGACAGUCGAUGUAUUUGAUACCCUGCUUAUGCGACGGGGUGGCGGUGACGCCAUCACCCGUGGCUUGCCAAUUGAGAAUGGCGUGACAGUAUUGAGGGUACUAAUUGAAGGUGACGUCGACCAUGCUGUCCUUUAUCCACCCAAUGAAGCACCGCAAAUCGACCUAUACAACCAGACAUCGGUUCAGCUGUUUUCCCCGGCCUCUAAGACCAGCAGUCUGUCACCGCGAGACGUCUACCUCGUGUUCCCCGGAGCUACCCUCGAUAUUGACAUGCUGUCAGUGCUCCCAGCAGUGAUGCCAGCAGUGGACACGUCUUCCCUGGUGGGAACCUGGCACCUCAGCAUGAGCUGCGACACCUGCAACUACACCCUUAGCGUCACCGCGCGGACAGAUCUGCAUUUCUACGUGGAUGUCGAACCUAGAGAUAUGCUCAAACUACGGGUCACGGGACCGGCCGCAAGCGUCCGGGAGUCAUACCUGGUGGAUGAAUAUGGAAAUGAGCUGGCUAAACUGGCUUUUAGCUACCAACCAGUGACAGACAACGAUCGCAACCUAGACGGUCAUACGGAUGGCAUAUACGCAGACGUACCUUUACCGAAAGUCACAGCUGCUAAGGUCUACGUUAAGAUCUUCGGACGAGAUGUAAAAGAUAAACCUUUCGUACGUAUAGCUGGACCGAUAAACAAACAUGCAGAGGUCCGUAUGAGCAGAUCUGCCUCCAUCAGGUUUCCGGACUCAGUCAACGAUCUGGAGAAGGCCGAAGAGCUGAAUAGCAAGGCUUACAAUGGGAAACUCCAGUACAAUGACAGCAAUCUGCUGCCGUUCGGACAGGUUACUUCACAGGUGGUGAAUCAAAGAGGGGCCCUAUUGACGUCCGUUCAGAUCGGACUAAGCUCGCGUCUUUACGGGUCACCGAAUGACAGAUUACAGUUACACUUCGAAGUAACCAACUUUAGAGAGCAGGCUGUGAGGUUCAGCUUCGGAGCAGUCGGUGAACUGAGAUUCCUGACCGGAAUCGAUCCUACUAUUCAAACAAUACAGUCAGGUCAGACGGCCAACGUCAUCGUGAGUCUGACUAUAAGCUCCAAUGCACAAGCUGGCGCCAGGGAUCUGAUCACUUUCACUGCUUACGGUCUAGAACAAGUUUCCAUUUCCGCCUACGUCUACGUCAUGAACCCAGGUGAAACUGUACGGGAUGUGUCAGCGCCCGAGGUCAGGCACACCUUCCAGGGGACAUGUCUUGGCAGGCAGGGCUCGGACUGCGCUGACCAUGUGUGGUCUACGAGCGUCAUUGUCAGGGAUCGGGAAGCAGGUCUCCUACGCCUGUCGUCAGCACCCCUAGGUCUGGUGUUCGACAGCAACUUCAUAUCGGGCACGCGGGAGGAGGUGGCGACCACUUACCGGGCGACGUGCUGCACGCCCAGAGUAAUGAUCAACGCGGUGGACGCGCUCGGCAACACCAAUAGCUACACCGUGGAUAUAUCCAGUUACAUAGACGAGGCCGCUAUAGCUGCUAUAGCGCUUGGCGUAAUACUGCUAAUAGCUGUACUGGCGAUACUUAUAGCACUAAUCUACUGCUGCGUGAAGAGGCGCAAGGAAACCAGAGAACUACCUUCAUAUACGACCAGAAAUAUUAGUUAAUAAUUAUUUAGAUUUUUCAAAAAUAGCAUGUGAAUUUGCGUUAGCAUUUGAUGCUAAUUCACGUGAUUUUCAUUUGAAUUGCAUUCGCUGUUAAAAAAUAACAUGUGCAUUGGGCAUUUCAUUAGCAUAUGAUGGUAAUUCACCUUAAAUGCAUAUGAAAUUAAAUCGCUUUUAAAAAAAAAACAUGUAAAUCGGCGUUAGCAUUUGAUGCUUACACACGUAAAUUUCAUACGAAUUGUAAUCGCUGUUAAAAAAUAACCAAAAGGUGGUAGACGUACACGUUUUCGCUUAAAAAUUCACGGGAAUUGAUAACGCAAGAGUAGUUCAUGCUAUUUAUUCACACGUGGGUUA